AUGAGUAGAAUCCACCUGAUUAUCAUGCUUUUAAUUGUCAUGAAUGAAGUACAGGGAUUAUUUUUAAACCUCUUCAGCAGAUGUUGUUGUAAGCAGUGUUGUUGCUGCGGUUGCGGUGGCACAGGUCUUGGUAGUAGAUGUGGUUGGAAUGGAGGUUGUGGUUGCGGUAGAGGUGGUGGUUGCGGUGGGAGUAGUGGUUGCCGUAGAGGUUGCAGUGGUGGAGGGUGCGGUGAGCAUCGUUGCAAUGGUGGUGCUGUUGGAGGCUACAGCAGACAUGGUUUUGGUAGUGUAAGCUGCAGUGGAGAUAGUUUUGAUAGUAAGGGUGGAUGCGAUGGUAUCAGCAGUUUUGGUUCUAAUGCAUGUAAAGGCGGUAGAAGAGGAGGCGAAUACGGUUGUGGCAACAUGGGAAUUAGCGGAAGAGCAUACAGCAGUGACUACAAAUCGAGGAAGCCAUCAAGCCAUGAAAAGCCUGAAUCGAAGAGUGAUCAGAUUAACAACAGUGACUUUAAUGGUGAUGGUAAUGCAAGAAGUACGAGCAGUUGGAGUAGCAAUGGUUAUGCCGAUAGUCAUAGUGACAGUAGUGAUAUUAAGAACAUGAACAGAUGCGAUGAUGGGAGAUGUAAACGAAACCAUCAUCAUGUUGCAAAUCUGAUGCCAGGGGAUUUUGGGAUACCAAUAUUUGGUCUUGGCCUCUAG